AUGGUUCAGUCUGAGACCUGCGCUUGGGCUGGUCCGUGGCUAGUGUUAAACCUUCCAUCCCCGACCGAUCCAUUCCGCGCGUUAACCCUUGGAUUUGUGAGGGGAUUUACCCGGGGUGGGGAGGGGAAGAUAGCCAGAGGCCAGAAACAAGAUCCCAGAGUUUCCGCUUCUGGUGGCUGGUGGCUCGCUUCAUCAUCCCCCCCAACCCCCGGCAGGCCAGUUAAAUACAAAUCAAAACUGCUCUCCUUUGGUCGAGAAGCACGCAAUUGCAAGCCUUGCUUGAACAUGGGAUGUAAAAUACCCCAGUUGCUGCUAUUCCAGGGCAUUAACCGAUUCCUUAUCCUCCACGAUGGCAAUCCUGCUCGGGUGCGCCUUGCUCGAUAUGAGCGGCUACUUCGUUAG